CGAGCGCGGUCCGUCGACGCGCCACCCGCCAUCUUGAACGACAUUAAAAUCUAAUCAAAACAUUUACAUGACAUUAACUGACAUGAGGUACUCAUUUAUCUUGGUGCUGCUGUGCCUGUCUUGGGCGAGAGGUCAGAACAUUACCGAUGAAGAGAGGAAGCGUCUAGAGGCCCUCUUCGGGACCGAUGACCGUGAUGCCGACGUUGAUCUUUCACCGGGCAAAGACAACAGCACAGAUUGCGAGACGAAGGAUGGCAAGGCGGGCGUCUGCGUGCUCCACUACCAAUGCAACCCUGAAACCGGCACCGUCAAUACAGAUGGAAAUUCUAUAAUUGACAUAAGACAACGCGAGUGCCCCCACUACCUGGAGGUCUGCUGUCUCCUGAAUCAGAAGCAGGACAAGCCCCCUCCCCCAGUGGUUGAGCAGAUGGAGUGUGGCUGGAGCAACCCUGGGGCCCAGGCCUUCCGCAUCGUCAAUGACGGGACCUCGGCAGAGUUCGGAGAGUACCCGUGGAUGGUCGCUAUACUCAAACGAUCUGACGGCAACACGGCGUGGUCCCAGAGCGACUACAUGGGCGGCGGCUCGAUCAUCCAUCCGCAGGUUGUGCUCACGGGGGCUCACAAAGUUGACGGAAAGGAGGCCAAUGAGAUAAAAUGCCGUGCCGGCGAAUGGGAUACGCAGACGAACAAGGAGAUCUACCCUCACCAGGAGCGCAACGUUAAGAAGAUCGUCAAGCAUCCCGACUACUACAGACCGUCAGUAUACAACAGCGUAGCCCUCCUUAUCCUGGACUCGCCGUACGCGCUGGGCAACGCGCCGCAUAUCGGCGUAGCUUGCCUCGCCCCGCACGCCCCUCCCGCCGGCGCCCGCUGCCAGAGCAUGGGCUGGGGCAAGGAGUUCAACGACAAAGACAAAUAUGCUGUCGUGCUGAAGAAGGUGGAACUCCCUUGGGUCCCUCGCGAUAAAUGCCAGAAGGAGCUGAGAAAGACUCGCCUCGGCUCGCACUUCGUGCUGCACCCCUCGCUAACGUGCGCGGGGGGUGAGGCGGGCAAGGACACCUGCGCAGGCGACGGGGGGUCCUCCCUCGUCUGUCCUAUAGGGAACGUCGAUCCAAAGCAGGACUCCCUACGUUUCGCGAUCUACGGCAUGGUGGCGUGGGGCAUCGGCUGCGGCGACGCCGUUCCCGGCGUCUACGUUAACGUACCGCAGUUCUACGACUGGAUUGGAGAGAAGAUAGCCGUCGAAGGUUUCUCUACCGACUCUUAUACCUUUAAGUUAUAGGCUUGAUUAAAACCUCUGGCAUAACUGACCAGUCAAAGAAAGUUCGAUCAGUAAAGGUUAUGAGCGCCAAAGACGUCAAUUGACGCACGCGUCAGCCCAAUGUCAACAU